UUGCAAUUCAAAUGACAAGUACACAUACAUAAUUAGAACUUAAAAACUUUGUUUUGUUUAUAAAGACGACGUACUUUGACAUGGUAUAAAAUUAAAGACGUAUGCUUUUUGGUGAUCCACUUAUAAGCUUUCGGUUCAUUCCUACUUAAAUUUAAGCGUUUUUUAUAAAUAUGGUGGAAGUCAGUAAGUUUUGGUUCGACAAGGCCUGUGGGCAUCGGGAGUGUCACAACUUAAUCCAUCCAUGGACUUAUAAGUGUAGUGAUGCGACAAUAAGCAUGCUAGCAAGUAACAUUAAAGGGGCUUACAAAUUCUAUGCCAUGGUAUACCUGAUUCAAAUAUUGAUGAAAGGCAAGAAACUGAGUAAAGAAGAGAUGCUCGAACAGUUUAAACUGUAUCUAAAGUCUGGAGUGUUCGGUCUCACUGUCGGAAGCUCCUUCGUCACAUUAAACUGCAUAUUCAGGAAAUUAUUCUUCAGCGAGUUCACUUACUAUAAGACAGUGUUGCUGCCCUGCACCAUCAGUGGGCUUGCAGUGUACUGUGAACCGCCAUACAGAAGGGUGAUGGUCGUUAACCUUUUCGUUAACUUGGUAUUUGAAUAUUGGCUAAGGACACUAGAAAUGAAGGGUUGGCUCCGACGGUCCCCUGGCAGGGAAACGCUUAUCUUCAUGCUUGGAAGUGCUGUCUUCUUCUAUCUAAUGCGAAAAGAACGAGAGAAUCCGAAACGGACUCCUCUGUUUUGGUUCUUCACCCCUCCCCGAGUGUCGAAACAAGUAGGGGAGCCCGUGGGAGGCGUCGGAGGCAGGAGCCCGGCUUGUCCCCAUGCGGGGAACUGUGUCAACUACGUGUUGAAGGGCACAGCGCAGCUUUUCGGCGUCGGGUGCGCAAUGACGAUGCUCCGGCAGAUCAUCCCUAAGAUACUGACUCCGGCUAAAGCGUUCAAGUCCUUGAAGUUCUCGCAUAUGAAACUUGGCAUUUUCUUCGGGGGUUACAUAGGAAUUUAUAGGUUGGUGGUGUGCCUGCUGUGCCGCGCGCAGGGGCGCGACAGCGCGCUGUGGGCGCUGCCCGCGGGUUUCUUGGCCGGCGCCGCAUUCCGCGUGGCGCCCUCUACGCCCAUCGCGCUGGCGCCGCUCACGUCCACGCUGCAGAUCCUGGGCUCUUGGGGCUACCAGAAAGGCCUCAUCCCCGAGAAGCUGCCGUUAGUGGAGCUGUUGUACUGCCUGUGCCAGGGCCUGCUGUUUCACGCGCGCGUCAUGCACGAGGACGUGUGUCCGCGCUACAUCGUCAACUUGAUGCACACCGUCACUAGUAACCGGGCCGAUGAAAUCCAGCAAGGUUUUGUAAAGAAAGUUUUGAAAGCACUAUAAAAUAGACGCAAGAUUGAAAUUAUUUAUUAUUAUUUAUUACAUUAUAAUAUUAUUUAACAAUGUUAAAUUACUUAGCGAUUCUGUGAUGAUUACGUUGUGUUGUUAUUUGUGGUACAGGGUUAAUUUAAAAUUGGUAUUCUGUUUUGUUGUUAUUUUGACGGUGUUUGGUUAUCUGUAUUUAUUGUAUAAGGUAUUUUGUGAAGAGAUUCUAUUAUUAGUAAAUCAUUAUCUUAUUGAUGACACUAAUCGCUUAUUUUU